AAACAGGACACGUCCCUUGUUGGCUUUGUUCACACCCCAUCCCACUCCUUCACCUGCUGUUUCCCUGCUUUCUGUCGUCUUUGAUAUGAUAAAGUCGGCCACUUCCACGCCAGACUCAUUGCAGGGUCAAAAUGACCAACUGUGGAAAAUUAUUGAGAAACAAAGACUCAUCAUCCAAAACCUUCAAAAGGAUCUCACUCGAAUGACCGCAGACAGAGAUCAACUUCAAAGCAAAGUCGACGAAUUAGAAAAGAAGGCUAAAUUGCCGACUUUGUCAUUGAACUUGCCGCUAGAUGAUGACCUUGAUUCUCCCUCAUCACCAGUUCCUCCACCCCGCUCUCCUUAUCGGCAAAACACUACCAAGGAGCGUUCUCAGUUGGCCACCGUCGAGUCGCUUCAGAUUACUUCUCCUGAAGACCCUGACGUACCGGCCCCUCGUGAAAGCUUCAUUGAUACCGAUGCCCAAUUGUUUGCGAAAUACCAUCAAACCUCUCGUCCUUCGCGUGACUCCAUGCUUCCUCCUGCCCGUCUCAUUCCCGAACACGAUGUUUCAUUGCGUGCUGCUUCGCCUCCACCACCACGAACUACCUAUCGCUCUCCUUCCCCUGUAGAUAUACCUUCAUUUAGUCAUGAUUCCAUUAGAGAAAGUACAUUGGGUAUGUCGGAUUAUGAAGACCUCCCUACCCCGCCACCAAAAGCCAUUUCACAUGUGAGCUCUCCGCCCCCUUCCAGCAAUACUCUCUUCUCCAACGAUAUGAUUGCUGGCAUCUGUAUCAAAGUCACUGGUUCCAAUAUCACCACCAAUGAAAAGGGCAAGGAAGUUGUCUCCUUCAUCAUCUCGGUUGGAAAGAGAUUGGAUUUGCCAGCGGAUGCACCCGAGGAAGAGAUGGAAGAAUUGUGGCGCGUUGAAAAAUUGUACUCUGAUUUCUUGGCCCUUGAUACAAAGAUAAAGGCAAGCGAACACCGAGCUGUAUCCAGUAAGCUAGGCAAGCUACCUGACAAGGCGUUGUUUGCUACGCAUGCUCCUAGUAAAGUAGACCAGCGUAAACGAGCUUUGGAGCAGUACCUCAAGCUAGUCAUCUCACUUCCCUUGAAGGAUGUGACGGAUCUGUGCGAGUUCUUGAGCACCAAUGUUAUUGAACAAGAGCCCGAAACAGCCAGCAUUCCUGGCUACAAGGAAGGGUAUUUGACCAAAAGAGGUAAAAAUUUUGGAGGGUGGAAGACGCGCUAUUUUGUCCUAAAUGGGCCAAUAUUGCGAUACUAUGAAACGAAGGACGGCCAUCAUCUUGGUUCCAUUCGAUUGACCGAUGCUCAGAUUGGUCGCCAGCAAUCGAAUACCACCCAUGAGCCGCAUGACUCGUCGGUCAGCGCGUAUCGCCAUGCUUUCCUCAUCCUGGAGCCCAAAAAAACCGCUACCAAUGGCAUUGCCAGACAUGUAUUAUGUGCUGACUCGGAUGAUGAGAGAGACGAAUGGGUCGAGGCGUUGAUUCAAUACAUUGGCGUCAAGGAAGAAAGUGUUUCUUCAGCCACACCUCGAACGUCUCGCGAUCGGGAUGACCGCAAGAAAACCGCCAAGAAGAUCCGUAAGCUCAUGUUCCCUCCUGGUCCUCACCGUUCUCCUUCGGAUAUUUCUUUGCCUAGGGAUGACGCUAGUUCUCCGAAGACUCCAGGCACUCCCAGUACUCCUAAUGACAGUCUUUCAUCAUCCAUUCCUACCAACUCUCCUCUUGCUCAAACUGCCUCUUCUGAUCAGCACCGUGCUAGUUUGGACCAAAAUUACAGCUACUUUACCCAUUCAGCCAAGACCGUCACACGGCGCAGUUCUAUGAUUCAUCUGUCGGGCCGAGAUGGCGAAAUCCCCCCUCAAAGUGAGACCAGGUCAGAAACCUCUUCGCCCGUGGCUGGUGGCAAAUCCUCUUCCGAACAAGCUGGGGAAGAGCUGGAGGCUAGUCUAGCGGAAAAGAAGGCCAAGCAGAAGAGCAACCGAAUGACGUUCUGGGGUAAAAAGAUGUUUAAUAGCUCCAAUACCGACCAAUACGCAAGCAAUGGCGCAUCCCUAGGACCUCGUCCUUCUACCUCCACUUCCACAUCCACCCCUAGCCCCAACCAAUCCUCAUCUGGUCUUCGUGGAUUCUUAAGUCGAGGUUCGAAUGACUCGCCUACCGACCGUGCCAACCACCAUGAUCGAAGGAAAAAGGGGGGUGAAGAAGCAGUCAAGCGACCGGCCAAGCAAGUAUUCGGUGUUCCACUUGAAGCUGCGGUGAAGGUCUCGCCUGCAGCAGAAGGCUAUGAUCUCCCUAGUGUUGUGUUCCGUUGUAUUGAGUAUCUAGAUGCUAAGGAAGCUGCCAGCGAAGAAGGCAUAUACCGCCUUAGUGGCAGUAGUGCCGUCAUCAAGGGUCUCAAGGAGAAGUUCAACAAUGACGGUGAUUUUGAUAUCCUUGGCUCCAAGCAGUAUUACGAUGUUCAUGCCGUUGCUGGUUUGCUCAAGCUCUGGCUUAGAGAACUGCCUAAUAGUGUUCUUACCAAGGAAUUGUUAAUGGACUUUUUGCAUACCAUUGAUCUUCUUGACCGACGAGAUCGUGUCAAUGAGUUGGGCCGCUUGGUAUCGAUGUUGCCUCUUCCUAACUACACUUUACUACGGGCCCUCACUGCUCACUUGAUUCGAGUUGUUCAAAAUUCAGACGUCAACAAAAUGACCAUGAGAAACGUCGGCAUUGUCUUCUCGCCCACUCUCGGUAUCCCUGCUGGUAUCUUUAACUUGUUCCUCAGUGAAUUCGAUUACAUCUUCUGGACAAGCGAUAACAACGAUGAGACGAAGACGGCUGAGGAAGUUCAGUUCUUGCAGCAACAGGAAGUCUUUGGUGCCGUUCAGCAACAACAUCAUUUGCAACAGCAGCAACGACGAAAGCAACAGAAGCAGGCCGAUGACGAACAGCGACAGGCUUCUCCGAUUAUGAAGGAUGAGCAGCCUCAACCGUCUCAGGACCAGCAGCUUGCCAAGGAGUCUAAGUUACCCUCCAUGCCUCUUGCCCGAACCCCAACCCUAAGACUUUUGGAACAACAGGGACGCAACAAUCGCAAUAGCGUUCAUUACAUGGACGGAGCUCCAGAUGCCAUUGUUGGACUUGAGAAGAACCUAGACAAUACCCCUGUUCUAGAUGAGUAUGACGAUGAUGUGGAAGACAUUGCCCGCGAAGACGAUGAUACUACAGAUGAAGACGAUGACGACGAUGAUUCACUCAGUGUUGCCUCUAGCGAACUCUCCCCUCGCUCAUGAGAUAUAUACCCCCAACACAUUCCCCACCUAAAAAAAAUAAUCCCCUCCCCUUUUAAUGGCUUGCUCGUUCGGUUUGCUUGAAGGCUCUAGUCGUACUUUCAUGUUUGGUCUUUUCGUUUUAAUUUGGUCUUGCUGAUAUUGCUCAAUCUUAUACUCCACAACGUUAUAUCUCUUAUCCUACCAUAGUUUUAGUUAUACUCUUUUUUUUUUUUUUUUCCAAAAUCUUGCUUUCUAUAUAUCAUACCUGUUUUAUAUCGCUAGUGUCA